AUGAUACGACGUUCCCGUGGUUUUACUGGUACCAGGCCUCGGAUCAUUGAGGAAAUCAAGAGCCGAAUUGAGAUUCCAAAUACUGCUUCAGGGCAAGUACUUCUCCGAGAUAUCCCCCACCAUUUCAGUCCUGUUAUCACGAAUGAAGCUACACCGCGAUCGCUUCAGCAAGUCGACGGCGACCCCCAAGCAGAUAGGGACGAAAGCUCUGGACCACGCACCGAAACCAGCGCGUCUUUUUGGAACAAUUGGAGUUUUAAGAUCGAUCUGAGCGGAAUAAGCCAAAAAUACAGAGGCGGCGGUCCACAUGGGAGUCUCUCCGUAACAACGAGUGAGAUUCUUUCUGGAUUUGCAGUAACUCAACGGAGAUUCAGUAGUACAGCGACUACUUCCACUACUGAUUCAACCGAGGCUGCAGUUACUGCACAGACGAGCUCCACAAGUUCGAGUCGAUGGUCUACCCUCACCGAUGCCAUUGGUGAAGCAAUGGGUCCUCCGCUAUGGAUGAAGGACAAGGGCUUAGAUGGCCCUUUUGUUCAGAGAGUGAUGUUGCUGGACAGUACGGCUAUGGUGGCUGCCGUUUACGGGACUUGA